AUGUCUUCCGCAGGUGUGGUGUCCAUUGUCCCUGUUCGCGAGGAGGGUUUGACGUUUUUGCCCCCUCCGUCCCCCGAGCACAGCCAAGAAUCCAUUAUGAUAUUCGUGGCUAUGUCCGAAGGCUCAAUGGUCCCGGUGAGGGUUCUGGGGUCCGAUUCAAUCGAGUCCAUGAACCUCCGGAUCCAGACCUGUAAAGGGAUUUUCACCCGGAAACAAAAACAGAAGCUCGUCUGUGGAGGCAGGGAAUUAGCACGAAGCAAUUCACUCGUGCGGGACUAUGGAUUGACUGACGGCAACGUCUUGCAUUUGGUCCUCCGUCUCUCGGACCUUCAGGUCAUUACGGUGAAAACUUGCGGUGGGAAAGAGUUUACUUUUCACGUUGAGAGGAGCCGUAAUGUGGGUUAUGUCAAGCGUAAGAUAGCCAAGGAAAAAUCCGAGAAUGUAGAGGAUCAUGAGGUGUUGCUCAAUGGCGAGCCGAUUGAGGAUCAGAGGCUGAUCAAUGAUAUCUCCAAGCACAAUUCUGAUUCCGUGAUUCAUCUGUUUGUGAGAAAGACUGCUAAAAUCAGGGCUUCCCCCGUGGGGAAGAACUUUGAGUUGUCUAUUACUGCACCGCUGCAGAAUGAUGUGGAAGAGUUUGAAGUGGAAAAGACUUCAAAUAGAGAGACAUUAUUGGAGCCCGUGAUAAUAAACCCGAAGGUCGAAUUUCCUUCAGAGAUUAUUAGCAUGAUUGAUUCCACCCUUGAAGGGUUGGAGACUGGAAAAUAUCCUGUUACAGCUUCAGAGGGUACUGGGGGCGCAUACUUUAUGCCGGAUUCAUCAGGGACUAAGUAUUUAUCUGUUUUCAAGCCAACAGAUGAGGAGCCCAUGGCCUUGAAUAACCCUAGGGGUCUGCCUUUGUCGGAUGAUGGUGAAGGGUUGAAAAAGGGGACUAGGGUUGGAGAGGGUGCAAUCAGAGAAUGUGCUGUAUAUUUACUCGACCACCCAAAAAGCGGCCCGCGCUCGAUUUCCGGUGACAUCAUGGGCUUUGCCGGGGUUCCCCCAACUGUUUAUGUGAGGUGCCUUCACCGGGGCUUUAACCAUCCGGAUGGCUUGUCGGUUAAGAGUGGUUCUUUGCAGAUGUUUAUAGAGAACAGUGGGAGUUGUGAGGAUAUGGGCCCGGGCGCUUUUCCGGUUCAGGAGGUGCACAAAAUUGCUGUGCUUGAUAUAAGGAUGGCGAAUGCAGACAGGCAUGCAGGGAACAUAUUGGUUGGUAAAGGAGAAGAUGGGCAGACGGUGCUAAUCCCAAUUGAUCAUGGAUAUUGCUUGCCCUAUAGUUUUGAGGACUGCACGUUCGACUGGCUCUACUGGCCUCAAUCCCGCCAGCACUUCAGUGCCGACACCAUUGAAUAUAUAAACUCGCUGGAUGCUGAAGAAGACAUUGCCCUGCUCAAAUUCCACGGCUGGGAUAUACCAAUUGAAUGUGCCCGUGUGCUACGUGUUUCCACUAUGCUUUUGAAGAAAGGCAUAGAAAAAGGUCUCACCCCAUAUGCCAUAGGCAGUUUAAUGUGCAGACCAACAGUUAGGCAACAAUCUGUGAUUGAGGAGAUCGUGCAAGAAGCUCAGGAUUCUGUGCUGCCUGGCUCGAGCGAGGCCACUUUCCUUGAGUCAGUUUCCGUUUUCAUGGAUCGUCGUCUGAAGGAAAUUGAUUAG